UCUUCUCUAGGCUUUUGUAAAUAAAUGUUGUUCUCUAACUGCUCUCUUUUUUCACACAACAAUGAUGUCUUUCUGAUCCCAAUCUCCAACCAAACAUCCAAAUCAAUCAAUUUCACCAAUCACUAAAGAGAGAAAGGAGAGAGAGUGUGUGUGUCAAAUCGGCCAUGGCUUCGUCUAAGGUGAUGGGGUCGUCGAACUCGGAUAUCUCCCGGAAAUCCUCGUCGGCGUCCUCGAAACCCAAGGCUCCGCCGUCGCUCGGCUUGGCGAUGUCCGUCGACGGCCUCCUCCGCGACGCCGAUUCGUCGUCGUCGACGCUUCUGCUCGACUCCGAGAUCACUCUGCUCGACGCGGCUAACUCCGCCGGCGGUGGUCCGAAGACCGUGGACGAGGUGUGGCGGGAGAUCGUCUCCGGCGGCGGACAACGGAAUAAGGAGUGCAAGGAGGAGGCUCCCGACGUGAUGAUGACGCUGGAGGACUUUCUCUUGGCGAAAACCGGAGGACCGGAGGCUGAUGAGGACGAGGAGGAGGAGGACGUUAAGAAUUUUCUGCCGCCGCCGCCUCAGUUGACCGAGCGGCUAAGCGGCGGACUCUUUGCGUUCGAUGCGAUCCCGCCGCCGACCCCUCUCCAGGCGCUGGACAAGGUGGAGGGGUCGAUUGUGGGGUUUGGGAAUGGGGUUGAGGUGAUCGGAGGAGGAGGAGGAGGGAGGGGGAAGAGGGGCCGCUGCAGCGUUUUGGAGCCGCUAGAUAAGGCGGCGCAGCAGCGGCAGAGGCGGAUGAUCAAGAACCGGGAGUCUGCUGCCCGCUCCAGGGAAAGAAAGCAGGCUUACCAGGUCGAGUUGGAAUCGCUGGCGGUGAGACUAGAGGAGGAGCACGAGCGGCUGUUGAAAGAGAAGGCUGAGAGAACUAAGGAAAGGCUUAAGCAGCUAAUGGAAAAGGUCAUUCCUAUUGAGGAGAGGCGAAGACCGCCGCGAGCUCUCCGAAGAGUUCGUUCCUUCCAAUGGUAGGCAACUCAGAAAAAACUAGACAUACAGAGUAGGAUUUUUAUUCGUGGAUUACAAUAUCCUGAAGUGACAUUUCAAUGUGACAUGUGUGUAAAAGCAAUCUUGGUUUUAGAUUUAGAGAAGAAAUGGGGCUGUAACCUGAAUUAUGGUGGGUAAUCCUUACUGAACAGAAAAGAGUACUCCAUCAUUAUUCAAGGGAGAUAGGAUAGCUUCUUUGUUGAUAUAUUUAUCUAGUUAGCAGAUUUCAGCAGUGCCAACUUCUUUUCCCUAAUUGUUGAUGAGAGGGAAAGAGA